AUGGAAACUCAAAGAGGAUUGCUCAAAAAACUUGGGAUAUUUUGCGGUGUAGCCAUGACUCUAGCGUAUGUUGGUAAGAAACAUAUAGCUCAUCGCAAGAAUGAGCAGCAUCUUAAGGAAUCUGAUGCAGGUAUUGAUACAUCCAGGAAGCAAAAUUUAAGACUUGCUGAAACGCGAGACAGAGAUCAGUAUGCUGGAAAGGGAAUUGCAUAUUCUACAAGAAAACCAGGAGACAGGCUAUCUAUCACUUCAAUAUUUAGUAACAACGAUAAAUAA